UCCCAAUUCGGAUUCCUAGUGAUGGCCUGCACCAAAACUAUUUUCCUGACAUUUCGUAUGGCAGUACUCGACUAAGAAUCGAUCUCAUUGACAAGAAGAAGACAUUUGUACUUCUCCAUCGAGUUCCGAGUGUUUCGUGAGAAAAAAAACCCAAUUAUCUCCUGUAAAAAUGUCAUCAAGCGUCGCUGAAACCAAGAGCAUUCCAAAGCCCGUGUUGCGCGGACUUCAUAAUGCCACAAUCAAGAGGAAUUUGAUAGUUGCUUUGGGUCUGGUUGUCACCAUCACCACCGCCUACAAGUUCGCCGUGAACGAUGUUAAGAAACAAAAAUAUGCCGAAUUUUACAAGAACUACGAUGCCCAGAAGUCGUUCGAGAGGAUGAAGAAGGCUGGCGUUCUGUCUGCCGCCCAGGACUAGGUGGAGAUCUUAUUGGGUAUUUUUCAUGUAUAGUGUAAAAGUAAAAAUAAAAGGAAAUAAAUAUCGAUCCUGUUCGGUGUAAAACUGGAA